GGGCAGAGAUUUCAAAAUUAAAAAUAUUAGUAAAGUGCAUUUAAUUACACUAAAUUUAUUACAGUAGUUUCUAAAAUACAUACACAGAGGCCUUGAUCUUGUUAAACAUGCACAAUGUUUCACAGUACCUUGGGAUGAAAAAAUACAGUUGCAGCUGAGCUCCUAACACAAUUACUAAGGCACGUCUUUUCAAGGGAAAGUUCCCUAAAUCAAUUUCUGUUCCCGUGAAAACAGGACCCAAGGCUCAAGCACCAUGACUGUUAGCACGUGUGACCAAGAUCCCAACUGCUGAUUUAAAAAUCAGUUAAUCACCUGCUUGUGCGGAUACUGAGAAAUAAACCAAAUAAAUCUGGGAGGUGAACCGAAAUCUGGUUUCCAGAAGUAACAAAGCCAAAGUAGAAAAGACUUAAAAGUGGAACUUCUUGCAAAUAGCAUCAUUAUUUCUUUGUACUUUCUUCCAAGUCCCGCGAUAAGUAAAAUAACUCAUUGAUCUUCCCCCAGCUCCAAUAACCACUUCUCUUACUUAUCACUACAGCGUAGUUGCUCCUAAGUUCUUCUGGGGUCCUAGAAUCCAGGAAAAACCAAAGGGAAAAAGGUAUACUCAGCACGCAACCACGACGCACAUUUGCUCAGUAUCAGCAUACAACACAACAAGCCUCUGAAGGGAGAAUCGAGUGACAAUUAUAAAAACGUUAACUCUUUAAUUAUGGCAAACUUAUGGUUGAGACCCCUUGAAAAAACCUGAAACUUAUUUUCUUCGCGCAAUAGCGAACUAAAAUCCAAGUCCGGUUAUCUUUCUUUAACGCUGAAAGUGAAAGUCGCUCAGUCAUGUACGACUCUUUGCGACCCCAUGGACUAUAUAGUCCAUGGAAUUCUGCAGGCCAGAAUACUGGAGUGGGUAGCCUUUCCCUUCUCCAGGGGAUCUUCCCAACCCAGGAUCGAACCCACGUCUCCCGCAUUGCAGACGGAUUCUUUACUAGCUGAGCCACAAGGGAAGCUCCUUUAAUGACCGGGCUACGUGCAAAACGGAGGGGAACGCGGGAUGAGAUUCUGUGACUCAGAAAGCUAUUUGGAGUAUGGAUUAUAAGCCUGAACCUGAACCCCUCAGUGAGAGCUCAGAACUUCUCUUCUCCUUUGGAGUGAUAGCAGAUAUUCAAUAUGCUGAUUUGGAAGAUGGCUAUAAUUUCCAGGGAAACAGACGGAGGUACUACAGACACAGUCUUCUUCACUUACAGGGUGCUAUUGAACACUGGAAUAAAGAAAGCAGCCGGCCCCGUUGUGUACUUCAGCUUGGAGACAUCAUUGACGGAUACAAUGCGCAGUACAAAGCAUCAGAAAAGUCACUGGAGCGCGUCAUGAACACAUUCCAAAUGCUAAAAGUCCCUGUUCAUCACACGUGGGGAAACCACGAAUUCUAUAAUUUCAGCAGAGACUAUUUAACAAACUCCAAACUUAACACAAAGUUUCUGGAAGACCAGAUUGCCCACCAUCCUGAGACUGUGCCCUCGGAGGAUUAUUACGCGUAUCAUUUUGUGCCAUUCCCUAAAUUCCGCUUCAUUUUACUCGAUGCUUAUGACAUGAGUGUCUUGGGCGUGGAUCAGUCUUCUCCAAAAUACCAGCAGUGUCUGAAGAUACUGAGGGAGCACAACCCAAAUACGGAACUGAAUAGUCCUCAAGGACUCCGUGAGCCCCAGUUUGUCCAGUUUAAUGGUGGAUUUAGCCAAGAACAGCUGAGUUGGCUGAAUGAAGUUCUUACAUUCUCCGACAGAAACCAAGAAAAGGUGGUGAUUGUGAGCCAUCUUCCCAUUUACCCCGAGGCCUCUGACAGUGUGUGCCUGGCCUGGAAUUACAGAGACGCCCUGGCAGUCAUUUGGUCUCACAAGUGUGUGGUGUGCUUCUUCGCCGGCCACACUCACGAUGGCGGCUACUCUGAGGACCCUUACGGUGUGCACCACGUCAACAUAGAAGGGGUUAUCGAAACAGCUCCGGACAGCCAGGCCUUUGGCACCGUUCACGUCUAUCCUGACAAAAUGAUGUUGGAAGGGAGAGGCAGAGUUCCAGACAGAAUUAUGAAUUACAGGAAGGAAUAAGCCUUCCUUCCAUUUUUUGUCUGAUUUUAUUUGUUUACUUUUAUAGGAAGAGACUGACUUGGCUUUGUGGUUUUGUUUGCUUCCCAUUCCCCAAGCCUCAGUCUCAUUAUUUAGGAUUCUAUUUGCAUAACAAAUAGCCAUAAAUGGCUUCAAUGUGUGUUAGCUCAUAAGAUACUCUGAAGUGUCAUUUUUGGGUAAUAUAUCCCAUGCUGAAAAUUGGAAAGAAGAUGAAUGAAAGUAGCGUGAGUAAACCAGGCAGGAGACUGAGGUGGAAGGUGGAUAUACUCCUCAAAACAGACACUAUUUAGCCUUACCUGAGAUGUUUUUUACUAUUUACAAGGAGAAUGUAUUCAUUCACUGUGUUAGCCAUGUAACUUAAAAUUCACAAUAAAAAAGUAAAAGAAGCCCAGGUAAACUUUCCGUUUACCCAGCUGUGUGAAUGA